AAUUCAAAACCUAAGAAGUACUGGUUUGCAUUGUAGUAUCAAUGAGUGCCGUACUGUAAACUAGCUAAGCUAGCCAACUAACGGGGACAAAUAUACCACACAAUAAGCCAUCAGGUGGACAGUGUCGGUACAUCAUGGGAACCGGUGCUGAUGUGAGAGACAUCUUGGAGCUGACAGGAGGAGACAAUGAUGGGGGGCCCAUUAGUAAAAAAGACAUUAUCAACUCUGACAAGAAAAAAGCGAAGAAAACGACAGAGACGCUAACAUUUAAACGACCAGAGGGCAUGCACAGAGAGGUCUAUGCGCUCCUCUAUUCAGACAAAAAAGAUGCUCCUCCACUGCUGCCCAGCGACACCACUCAGGGGUACAGGACUGUGAAAGCCAAGCUCGGCUGCAAGAAGGUCCGUCCCUGGAAGUGGAUGCCCUUCGCCAACCCGGCCAGGCGUGAUGGAGCCAUAUUCCACCACUGGAGACGGGUGGCAGAAGAGGGGAAGGACUAUCCAUUUGCCCGCUUCAACAAGACGGUGCAGGUGCCUGUGUACUCAGAACAAGAGUACCAGAUGUAUCUCCAUGACGAUGGCUGGACUAAGAAUGAGACAGAUCACCUGUUUGAUCUGUGCAAACGUUUCGACCUACGCUUCAUUGUCAUCCAUGACCGCUAUGACCAUCAGCAGUACAGGAAACGCUCCGUGGAGGACCUGAAGGAGCGCUACUACACCAUCUGUGGCAAGCUGGCAAAAGUACGUUCUGCAACCGGGACUGAGCCCAAGAUCUACGUUUUUGAUGCGGGACACGAGCGGCGCAGGAAAGAGCAGCUCGAGAGGCUUUUUAACCGCACCCCAGAGCAGGUGGCAGAAGAAGAGUAUCUCGUCCAGGAGCUGAGGAAGAUUGAGACGAGGAAAAAGGAGCGUGAGAAGAAGGCCCAGGACCUCCAGAAGCUCAUCACAGCGGCAGACACCACCACAGAGAUGCGCCGCGCCGAGCGCAAAGCCACGAAGAAGAAGCUCCCUCAGAAGCGCGAGACGGAGAAACCGGCUGUUCCUGAAACAGCCGGCAUCAAGUUCCCAGACUUCAAAUCAGCUGGAGUCACGCUCCGCAGCCAGAGGAUGAAGCUCCCCAGUUCUGUUGGCCAGAAGAAGAUCAAAGCCAUCGAGCAGAUUCUCACGGAACAGGGCGUGGAUCUGAACCCCAUGCCCACAGAGGAGAUCGUGCAGAUGUUUAACGAGCUGCGCAGCGACCUGGUGCUGCUCUACGAGCUCAAGCAGGCGCACAGCAACUGCGAGUACGAGCAGCAGAUGCUGCGCCACCGCUACGACGCGCUGCUCAAGGCCGGAGGGACCGCACCUCCUCAGGCCGAGGGGCCCGGGCUCGAGAGCCAGAGCUGGCCGGGCGCCGACGACAUCAAGACGGAGGCCAAGGAGCAGAUCAUCGAUGUGGUGGGGGCCCCGCUCACCCCCAACUCUCGGAAAAGACGAGAAUCCGCCUCCAGUUCCUCGUCCAUCAAGAAGGUGAAGAAGCCCUGAUGUGGACAAUGUGUUUUAAUCGGAUGGACAGAUUGCACUGAGGGGGAGGAGAGGGGAUGUUUCCAGGAUUUGCCUGCAGCAAGGGGGCCAUGUAUGGGAGGGGACUGGCAGGGGGUUGGAGGGGGGUGGAUUAUUUCAUAGGGCCAGUCAUCCAUCAAGCACCCCAGAAAGAGCCAAAGCCCUGGCUCUCCUCCUAAUCGCGGAUGGCGCUCUCGUUCGACGCCUCCCCCCCCCCCCCACCAAACCACUCUUUCUCUUUCGUGUUACAUCUCCACCAUCCUGCCUCCCUUCUUCCGCAUCCGCUGGACUCGAGCGCAUCACCGUGACACAGACCGCCGCUGACACUCCAUUCCAUUACCGCUCCCCCCCCCCUCUGUCCCGCCACGGCCAGCCCGGCCGUGAUGAAGCCAGAUGAACUGUAAAUUGGCAGCCAGGGCUAAUGGAUGCCUGCAACAGUGCUGGCUUGUCUGUGCAAAAUAAAGCUCUGAGGGGAAGGGGCAGGUCUGUACUCUUCCCCUGCGCUGUGGGAAUGUGGGUACUGUGUUUUUGUCAUUCUCUAGUCACUGGGGUGUCCGGGCCUCGUUGUAAUAAGCAGUGUGGUGAAUGUUCUGCAUUGACAUGGGGGCAAAGCAAGGCUUCUCUGUUUUAUGGUUUUACUCUUUGCCCUUUGUGUUCGCGGCUCGGGUUGUGACAGAAUAGAAAGGAGGUGGAGCCUGUUACAUUUCCUUCACCAAGGCAACCUCUUUCUCCUCGCUCUUCAGUGCCCUCUUCAAAAAAAAAAAAAAAAACGAAUAAAUGUUUUGGUUUUGUA